GUUACCCUGUUUGUUGACCCACACCCGCCUUUUGAUUCAUCCGCUAGCCUCAAAUCCGUCGGUGCGCGAUCCGUCCGGUGAUAAUGUGCCAUGGACGACUUCGAUGUGGACGCCGACGUGCCGACAGACCGCGGUCGGGACGUCCAGGAGACCUUGGAGACACAGGCUCCAGCCAAUGAGCCUGAGAUUUGGGCGAUGGCCAUGGCCUUUCUCACCAACAUGCAGGUGACGCGCCCGGAGCUCCUGCGGGCUGUGCCAGCGCGGUGGGUGCUGGCGCGGGCAUGGUCCAUCCUGGGCAGCGCCUCGUACGUGGCAGGCCUCUACGAGGCAAGCGUGCCAGUGACUCAGAUCCAGGAGUUCUGGUCCCACUCCUGGCAGGGCAGUCCCUGGAAGAAGGCUCUCACGCUGCUGGUCGCGAAGAACGGCUUGGCCAGCCUGGUCGGCAGUACCUUGCUGACGAUGCUCUUCGCCGGUCUCUUUGCGCUUGGGUGGCUGCCGGGCUAUGCCAAGGACCUGACUCAGGAGGACGGCGACUUUCUGAACUCAGUUUGGUGCUUGGCGGUGGGCGCGGUCUCCAGCUGCAUUCUAGCACUCUUGUGGCGGCCGCCGGGGCUCGUGUUUCUGGACCGCGUGUGCAUCGACCAGUCCACGCGCACGGCAAAAUGUGAAGGCGUGUUAAACAUCGGCGCGUUCCUGAAGAACUCGAUCACCAUGGUGGUCAUUUGGGAUCCUACCUACGUCAAAAGGCUUUGGUGCGUCUUUGAGCUGGCAGCGUACCUGAAGAGCCAUGAAGACGAGCGAAAGGCAUGUUGUACUGAGCCUGCCAGAAUGUGUCACUUCCAGCAAUGGUCAGUAUUUAGCAUCUCCUACAUGAGGCACACGAACCAAAGCACCACGAACGCUACAAUCCCAAGAAUCCCGUUGUGGGCGCAGGGCAAGCUGGUGGUGCUCCCAUCCUUGCUGGGCCCUUGCAGCGUCGCCUUUGCUCUGGGCUGCUGCAGCUUCAUGGCGGUUCUGCUCAUCGUGGAGUUCGCCAGCCCCAUCGCCGGCGUCGCCGUCCUGGUUCUAUUGGGCACGGCGGGCUUCUACUUGGCGGCUGCGCAGUUCCGAGAGAUCUACCGGGAUCUCGACUCCAUGCAGGCACAGAUGAAAGAGUUUGAGGUGGACAAGGCCGAGUCCUUUUGCUGCAGUUGCAACCACUUGAACUCCAAGGGUCAGAACAUAUUGUGCGACAGAGAGCUCGUGAAAGCGUGCAUCAUCUCGUGGUUUGGCACCAUCGAGAGCUUUGAAGAAGCAGUCCGAUCCAAGGUCUUGCCUGCCAUGUCUGCUCACCUGCGCCACCCCUUCUCCUACCUCUCGCUGGUGGGCGUGUUGUCACCCCUCAUGUGGGGCACCGCGGACGCGGUGGCGGCGCAGUUGCGCAAUGGAAACGAGCAGUUCGCCGCGUACUACGCCAUCAACGGGCUGAUGUGGUGGCUGUUCGGAAUGCCGUGCCUUUAUGUCGGCUGGAACAUGUUGGUCUUCCGAUGCCGCCGGAAGCGUGCUGCGCUGUGGAAGGACGUGCUCACGAACCUGGCGAUCAUGCCAGCCAUCGCAGUUCUCCUGUGUCUGCAAUACGGAGUGGGCUACGUGUUCGCCAUCCUCACGCGGAAUCGCGUGCAGGGGGUGUGCAUCUACACCGCCGUCAUGGCAGUUCUCACCCUUGUAAUCUUCUGCCGCAGAAGGUAGGCCUGCACCUCAAGUCGGUACAUCUUACUGCCCGAGUUCCUAGACUUGAUUUUU